AUGGCCGCAUCCACCCUCUCCAUCUGCUCCAGCGACCUGAGCUACGACAGCCGCGUCUGCCUGCCCCGUUCCAGUGACUCUUGUACCGACUCCUCCUGGCAGGUGGACGACUGUCCAGAGAGCUGCUGUGAGCCCUCCUGCUGCGCCCCCAGCUGCUGCCAGCCCACCUGCUGUGCCCUCAUCUGUACUCCAGUGAGCUGUGUGUCUAGCCCCUGCUGCCAGGUGACCUGUGGGCCCAGCCCCUGCCAAUCAGCCUGUACCAGCUCCUGCACGCCCUCAUGCUGCCAGCCGUCUAGCUGCCAGCCCUUCUGCUGCACCUCUUCCCCCUGCCAGCCGGCCUGCUCUGUGCCCGCCUGCUGCACACCCGUCUGCUGCAAGCCCCUGUGCUGUGUGCCCGUCUGCUCUGGGGCCACCCCCUGCCCAGCCCCCUCAUGCUGCCAGCCCACCUGCUGCCUCUCAUCCUGCUGCAGACCCUCCUCUUGCAUGUCUGUCAUCUGCCGCCCUUAG